AUGGCGGCAAACAAGGAAGCCAUUGCUCUAGUUGUUGAUGUUAAUGAUUGUAUGACUGAUGCUCCAGGAGGUCAGACGUCAGCUUUACAACAUGCCCUGGACGCCAUUACACUUAUUCUACAGAGAAAGAUGUUUUCCGAGUCGAAGGAUGAAGUAGCGUUGAUAUUAUUUGGUACAGAUAGGACAGAUAAUCCUCUACACGAUGGUGACAACUAUAAAAAUAUCGUCAUUCAGCGUCCAUUGGGAGUUCCUGAUUUUGACCUGUUUGAGAUGGUCAGUGAGUCGGUCCAAGCGUCACCAGAGUCAGGAGACUGUAUCCUUUCUGUAAGGCAUUUGGUGCCAAAUUGUCUGCAACUCAUAAGAACAGUGGCAGCACCAGCCUCCUGA